GUAAACCCAGAUUUUAUUUCUACUAAAACUUCCGAGUGAUCAUUACUUAUUGUUUUAUGUUUUGUAAAAACCUGAUAUCAUUACUAAACAACAUUAGUUGUUUGUACUAGUUAGAUGGAAAAUUCAUUGCACUAAUCACGUUUAGUAGAGAUAACUCGGUAUGUUAACUUUCAUAAGAAAGGGGCAGGGCUAAUUCAAAGUCCUGGACGAAGCAGCGUCAGACAUUGCGUCAACGGCACUCCAAACGUGGCGGGACUCUCGACAUUGGCAGCAUAUCUUCACCGAGAAGGAAAGUCACUCCAAGUGGAAUGGUAAGUAUAAAAUAAGUGUUGUAGCCUAAUUGUCUUUUUUGGAACUUUUAAUACCCAAACGCUUAGAAAUAACUUGAUGAUGCAAUGUUAGUGUGUGAAUUUAUGCAAAUGUUAACCCAUACUUAUGCUAACAUUAGCUAAUGUCCACCCAAAAUAGUGUCAGCUAGCCUAAAUGGUGAAGUUAGCUUAGUGUUAGCAGUCUGAGGACCAACUGUAUUAUUGAUAUUUCUGUCAUUUUGUGCGGUAUAAAAGCGAUUCAGACACUGUUGUGGCUGAGAGAUUCGCUUCUUUUUAAUACAUCCGCCAUUGACGUUUCUCAGCACACAUUGAACAUGAGCAAAGUGGUGUAUCUGUGAGUCCCUGCAUUGGGACAAGGACACAUCACCGUCGUGUGGGCUCACAACCUAACCUAAAGCGACACUGUGGCAUGACCGUGGCGGACACUUGGUCCGACCAGGUUCCCGACCGCCGUGGGGAGGGGAAGGGGGGCGCUCUGAAGUCGGGCGAACGCAGCAAUGAUCUCUGACCAAUAUGGUGAAUAAUAUGGUGAAUACAACGCUGUUGGGCUGCCCGGAGCCGCAGCAUAACCUCCGUAUGACCUGCUGCAGCUUAGAGGGGGAGAGCAGGAGGCUGCUGCAUCUUUAGCUGUGAGUUUACCUGUGAUGUUGUUUUAAUCAUUUUAUGCAGUUUGUCAGCCGAUGAUUUGGUGAACCCUCUUACUAUUAAAACAUCAGCUGCUGAUGAGAAGGGAUGGCGAGUUAAACUUUCUACAACGGAGGUGUGUCGGUGAUAAAGCUUCGUAAAAGAUGAGAGAAACGGGAAGAGACUAAAUUCAGACCAAGUUUUUGAAGUUGGGGGAUUUUUCCAAAAAGAUAUCAGGUGUAUGUUUUUUAUUACCACGUCUGCUGUGUGUGCUGUGAGUCUCUCUCUCUUAUUCAGUAACUACAAACUCAGGUGUGGGAGUCACUGUGUUACAUGUUCAUCCGACAUAUAUUUGAAAAGAUAUCAAGAUUGACAUGAAACUAAAAGCUGAUUAAUUACUUAAGUGAGUUGAGUUAAAAACAAUGAUGAGAUUUCAAAAACGCACCUCAGAGAUUACAAGACUACCUCAUGAUUUCCAUUUAAAAAUUUCAGAAGAAGAAGACCCUCUGACCCCCAUCCCAUUUGAUGAUGUCAAAUAAAUAUUUAUGAUUUCCCCACUGCAAGUAAAACCCAAUCCUAUGGAAAAACACUGAGUAACAACAAUGACAAUAACAACAGUGACAACACAAACUAACAUUAAUUGACUUAUUUUGCUGACAAGCCUUAUCAAAGUAAACACACCAUUGUUGUCAUUUUAGUUCUAAAUUAAUUAAUGCAAUAUAAUAUGGUAUAACACUAAUGCCAAGUUAAAGCAACCAAAACAUAUGAUCCAUUAUAGAGCAGUCAUGUCAGGUGGCAAAGCAAUUUGCUUAUAGAUCUGAUGUCAUUACAAUAAUGGUGAGUCAGCAGGUGCUGCUGUCUAAUUUAAGUAUCAAAUGUUUUUCGUGGCUCCAUACAGAUUUUUGUGUGUAUAAAUGACAAUGUGCUUAAAGGUAAAAUGAAAUAUAAUAAUAUUUUUUUUAAAAAACAGCUGAACUAUUAGGCAAAAAUGUGAAUUAAACUUCAACAUAUUUGAAUGUCUGGCCCUCAAGGUGUCUGUUGACUUUGCAGCAUGUAGGCUGAAAGUAUUAAAGUCACUUUUUCAGUUAAGCCCCUUUAUUGGGCACACACACUAUAGUAUUUAAAUAAAGUAGGCUACUUGAUUAUCAAAAUAAUUGCAUUGGAUUACCUUUCGGUAUGUAACAGUGACAUUUUUGAGCUAAAUGCUCUCUUGUUUUUAUUUUUACAGAUCCGUGUGCUGUGAGGAUGAUGUGGAAGUGCAAAUAUUGCGAGUAUAUGUGUGAGAAAAGGGGUUACCUUUUAAAACAUUAUAGAUUAAAACACGGAAACUAUGGUAGAACUGUCACAUUUCCCUGCUUACACCAAGAAUGUGUGUGUACAUUCAACUCCAUUAAUGCACUUAAGGUCCACUUAGCAAAGAUUCAUCAGAAAACCCAGGGUACACAACUGAGUGAAACUGCCCAAGUAACCUUGCGCUGUCUGUCAUGUGAUUUUUCUGCACCCUGCACUGAAGCAGUCUUUCUCAGUCACCUGCGCAAAACACAUUUGAAAGUAAAACACACAGUUCAGUGUCCGUAUAAUGGAUGUAACUUUCACACUAAUGUGUAUUCCACAUUUAAUGCACACAGAAGUAAAGAACACAAAACACACACCUGGAGGAUGUUCAGACCAGAAAUAUUUUCUAGUAGUGUAACUAAUGAAACAGCCCAAGAAGAACAUGAGCCUCCAAAUGUCAGCACUGAAUUAGAAGACAGUGAGGAUUCUACCUAUGAAGAUCUUCAUGAUCUAGAGAAACAGUUGGAGCACAACCUAGCAGCUCUUUUUUUAAAGAUGCAAACGGUCCUUCACAUUCCUGAAAGUACACUGCAACAUAUCAUACAACAGCUUUUACAGAUGUGUGAACUAUCCCAGCCACUGCUGUAUAAUGCAGUCAAGAACAUUCUGAAACAACAUACAGAUGUUGAUGAUUCAGUUGUGGAAGAGUUAGUCAGGGCUGCUGCAAAGAGCAAUCUCAUCAUGAAAUUCUGUGGCAAGGAUGGCCCCUUAUCUACCACAAAAAGGAGAGCAGCCUAUGUGAAUAAAAACUUCACAGAGGUUAAACCAGUAGAGUACAUUAUUGAAAGAGGAAAAAGAUCUAGUGUUGUAUAUGUUCCUCUGCAUCCAAUGCUACAGAAGAUGUUGAAUAGGGCAGACAUUUUGGACAAAGCUCUUCACAUCCAGAAGCGUGUGCAACAUGAGUACAGUACAUACAGAGAUGGCUCAUACUGUAAUGACAAUGACUUCCUCAAAGGGGAGGAAUUCAAAAUCGCUCUUGGACUUUACACAGAUGAUUUUGAAGUGUCCAAUCCUUUAGGAACAUCUAGAAAGAAACACAAAAUGACUGCAGUGUAUUGGGUGAUAGCAAAUGUGCCAUCACAGUACAGAUCCACACUCCACUCCAUUCAGCUUGCUCUUUUGUGUAAAGUCUCUGAUGUAAAAGAGUUUGGCUACACUAAAAUUCUCCACCCUCUCAUUCAAGAUCUGGCUUCUUUGGAGCAACAUGGUGUAUAUGUUGAGAAGUUAGGAGAAUGUGUCAAAGGUACUGUGUUAUAUGUGGCUGCUGAUAACUUGGCUGCACAUUCACUGGCAGGAUUCUUUGAAAGCUUCAUAGUGGACAGAUUCUGCAGGUUCUGUAUGGCUACAAGAAGCGAGAUGCAAGAGAAGGAGGUAAACUCGGGUGCUUUUGAACCCCGCACUAUAGACACUCACAACCAGCAGGUGCAGGAGGUAAAGCAGGAUCCCACUUUGGCUAAACGGUAUGGUGUAAAAGGAGGGUGUACAUUGACUGACUGUCUGGAGCACUUUCAUGUUGUUCGUGGGUACCCCCCGGACAUCCUGCAUGACCUUUUCGAAGGCAUUGUUCCUGUUGAGCUGUCCCUCUGCAUUUCAGACAUGAUUUCUAAGAAAUAUUUUACCAUAGAGACACUGAACCAUGCCAUGAAAACUUUUGAAUAUGCCUUUCAUGACAAAAUUGACCAGCCUCAGCCAGUUGCCCAUGGCUUCUCUACCAAAGGAACCAUAGGUGGCAAUGGACAUGAGAAUUGGGCCCUACUCAGGCUGCUCCCACUCAUCAUUGGCCAUAAAGUACCUGAAGGAGACAAUGCGUGGAACGUUCUGCUGCUCCUAAAAGACAUUGUUGAGUUGGCUGUGGCAACAAAGCACACUGAGGAAUCUGUACAUUUCCUUGAUUGCAAAGUGUCAGAACACAGAGAACUGUUGCAAACAACAUUCCCAGAUUUUAGAUUACGACCAAAACACCACUACAUUGAGCAUUACCCUGAGAUGAUCAAGGCAUUUGGUCCACUUUCAGAUGUUUGGACAAUGCGCUUUGAAGGAAAACACAAAUUCUUCAAACGGGUCAUUCGUAAUGCCCACAACUUCAAAAAUGUGGCUCUUACAUUGGCUGUUAAACAUCAAAAAAUGAUGGCUUACUAUUUGGACACAAGUUUAUUUUUCAAGCCAUCAGUUGAAAUGGACAAGGUCACCACAGCAUCAGUCACAUCUUAUCCUGCAAAUAUCCAACAGGUUUUCUGCCAGAGAGCUCCUCAGCUUGCAUCAGUUUUAGUUGCAUCAUCAGUCUAUGUAGAUGGAAUUAGAUAUUGUGCUGAUAUGAUAGUCUCUGCUGGUUCAUGCUCUGGCCUCCCUACCUUCAAGCAGAUCAAACAGAUUGUGGCAAUCAACACUGAGAUCCUGUUUGUUUGCAGUGAGAUGACUGCAUGGUACCAUGAGCAUUUGAGAUCUUUCGAACUCAUCAGUGAGAGCAGUAACCCCCCUCUGUGUGUGGUGCAACUGAAAGAGCUGAAUGAUGCUUUCCCUCUUUCAGCAUACAGAUAUGGCAAUAACUUAGUAGUGACCCUCAGGCGCUAUAUUCUGUGUUAAGAAGCCACUGUGAUUUCUGCAAUCAGUCUAGGCUGUAAUAGAACAUUUUGUAGCUUUUUUUUUUUUUUUUUAGCUCAUGUUGAAAUUUAGAAUGACACAGUUCCAAUUUAAUUUUAUUUACCCCUAGGAUCUCAAUGGAAAUCAACAUUUUUUCUUGUAAAUUUGCGAGUGUGAUUUUUGAGAAUUCCCAAGUUUUUUUUUUUUUACAGAUUACUCAUAGGUUGGUCCAUAAAAUGGUAAUCAGUGUUUAUCAAAGCCCAGUGUGACAUCCUCAAAUAUUUCGACUUGAAAUCAAUUAUGAAAAUAAUUCUUGAUGAUACAUUGCACCUCUACAUAAACACUAAAAAAAGUGCACUGAACUUAAGCAAUCAACUUAUUAAUCAACCAUUUUUGUGAUGCACAUAGCAAUGACUCAGCAAUUGACUGUGCUUUUGGAUAUGUAUAUUUCUAAUGACCUAAUUUUUGUUUCUAUUCCCAAGAUGACUACAAACCCGAAGAUGACCCUGAGGGUCAUUCUAACAGCGACAGAUAUACGAAAAGUAAUCCUAAAUACAAGGCCUACUACAGUUGAAGAUUUCAUUAGCAAGCUUAAAGAAGCACUGGGACUUCAUUAUAACUUCAGUCUUCAAUAUCAAGAUCCUGAGUUCAAUAAUGAACUAUGCAAUCUGACAGAUACUGAAGAACUUCCCGAAAAACCAACAGUCAAAGUCAUCCCUGUCCUUGAGAUGGUACCUGCCUCAUCUGAUGAAAUCUUCAGUCACACUCCCAGCACAGCAGAUACAGAGAUACUCUCACACUCAUCUCAGGAGCGACAGAAACAGUGGCCAGAAUUUUUUGAUAUCCCAACCUUUUCUGUUGAUGUAGAGUAUAGACUUAGGCAAGCUGAUUUGCUGUUUAUGAGUGAUGGUACAUACCUUAAAGUAUCAAAAGAACUAAAACAUGAGAUCCUUGAAAGAUUGGCAGAGAGCAUGUAUAGCUACACAGCAUACCCAACUGCUGCUCAGUUUGAAAGUGUUGCUGUAGCACUGAUAAGCAAGCACCCUUGUCUCCAGGAGCGAGGCUCAACCACUCGCUGUUGUGGUUGGAAAAAUAGUCUCAAACAUAAAAUGGCUAAUUAUAGAACAAAACGUAGGCAAUCAGGAUGCCUAGAUGUUGCAGUAAAUGCCGGUAAGCGAGGAAGACAUACAGCAGAAGGACAACCAGCUAACAAGCGUAUCAAGAAAGCAAAGAAAGGUGAAAUCAACUACUUGCCCAACUUUCUUGAUGGAUUUGAUCAGGCAGCCCUGGAGGGAGUCUGCAAAGACUUGGUUGAUGAAAUGCAGAAGAGAACACCAAAUGGACCUCUUGUGAAAAAGAAGAUGGACCAGACGUUUGCUCUGAGAAGAAAAGAGGUGGUGGACUCGGAACCUGCAAUAAGCACGAUGGUGAAACGCUGGCCCGCCCUUUUCACUGAAGAUGAGGUGUUCAUGGAGUUCAGCAGGAUUGUGGGCAAAAACCUCAAGCAGGAAUUCUAUGAGAGCAUCGAUCGGCACAGUCCUCGUCUCCUCGAGAUAUUUCGAUCCAAGAGAGGGAAUAUCGGGCAGUUGUUGACACAUAUGUCACAACAGACCAAUACCACAGAGCCAACUGCAAUCCGGACACAGGUGCUCAGAGGGCUUCCUAUCAUCCUUGGGGAUAACCCCACAAACUUCUUCAAAGUAGGCUUUGAGUCUGAUGAUGAUGAUUGCUUUCGUGACCUCGACAUUGGGAUACUUCUCAUUGAGCGUGAAGGUACUGUGUUUACAUCUUCCCUGCAUCUCAGCCCUGCCUCGUUGAAAAUCAUCAUUGAGGGACAAGUUGUGAUGGACAACAUUCAAGAUCUGCCAAACGCAAUGUGCAUUCUGUUUGGACUCACAUAUGCACUCCAUCUGGACUACCCAAAGACUAUGAAGCUCACAUUUCAGUUCAUCCAACAGGUAUUGCUGUCAUUGGGCCACACUGACCUAAAACCAAGGCUACAGACUCUGAAAAAUCAGCUUGAAAUGUAGAACAUGUGAGGUCUACUGUGAGAAGCUGUUGACUAAACAAGCAAAACAGUCUCUGCUGACCUGUCCAGUAAACUAGACAGACACACAAAACACAAACAUAUGCACACAAACAACACAGACACAUAAAAUACCACACAUACAGCACAGCACAUACACUUAAAUGCUGUAGGAAGCAUUUUGAAAUAUGUUGCUUUUGUGAACGUUAAAAUGUUCUGGAGUUGCAGCAGAAAGACAAUUGUUUCAGUUCUUGUUGCAUCAUCAGUCUGUGGAGAUGGAGUUAAAUAUUGUGCUGAUCUGCAAGUCUCUGUUGGUUCAUGCUCUGGCCUCCAGACAUUUAGGCAGGGCAAAGAGUUACAAUUAACACUGAGAUCCUGUUUGAAAUUUCUGGUACAUUUGAGUGGGGGUUUCCUGCGAAUUUGAAUUUUUCUAUGGACUUAACACUUUAACCUCAAGGGACAUCCAUGUUGUUUUCUUGUAAUUUUGUGACACAUUCACACACACAAACAACACAGACACAGACAACACCCACAGACUACUUGGACACAUACAACACAAACAAUCAACACAGGCGCACACAACACAAACACUGAAUUGUUUCAAUGAUUAGAAAUGAUUUUUUAUUUUUCUAUUUACAUGUGUUGAUGUUAAUCUGAAGUUUGUCAAUACAAGUUUGGCUGUGUUUUGAGUGUUAUGCCAUUUUUCUUAAAAAAUAAAAUGCAUUUGAGCAUUUA